AUGGAGCUCGGCAACGGAGCGGCGGUGAGCACCGACGGCGUGCUCGACGUCUCCCACGCCAACUUGAACGCUUUCUCCGCGGACAGCGUCAGCGACCAGAAGAAACGAGACACGAAGCAGCUGUAUUUGAACAACAACCGGCUGUGCGAGUUGCCCUCGUCGGUAAGACACUUCUCUAACCUCCAGUUGCUGGACAUAAGCAACAACGGACUGUCGGUCAUCGGUGAGGACAUCACGAGUUUGGUUAAACUCAGGACGCUCGUAGCUAAGAACAACCGACUGAACGAGUACUCGCUACCCAAGAACUUCGGCUCCUUGCAGCUGGAGGUCUUGAACUUGAGCGGGAACCGCUUCGAAGAGAUCCCGCUGCAGUGCACCAAACUACGGCGUCUGCAGUCGCUGUCACUCGGUGGAAAUAGACUGAAAAGUAUUCCGGUGGAGAUUGAAAAUUUAAGCAGCCUGGAGGUAUUGUACCUGGGGGGCAACUUUAUCUCAUCCAUCCCGACCGAGGUGGCCAACCUGCCUCGCCUGAGCUACUUGGCGCUGUCCGACAACAGCAUUCAGAGUGUUCCGCCGCAACUCACCCGGCUGCACUCGUUGCGUUCGCUGAGUCUCCACAACAACCAGCUGAGGUAUAUGCCGCGGGAGAUUCUGAGCCUGGUGCGCUUGCAGGAGCUGAGCCUGCGGGGGAACCCGCUGGUGGUGCGCUUUGUCAAGGAGCUGAUGUAUGACCCGCCGUCCUUGUUGGAGCUGGCCGGCCGAGCCGUCAAGAGUGGCAACGUGCCCUACUCGCAGCAAGACUUGCCCAACCACCUUCUCAAGUACUUGGACUUGGCCAGCAAGUGCCCCAAUCCCAAAUGUGCCGGCGUGUACUUUGACUCGUGCGUGCGCCAUAUCAAGUUCGUGGACUUCUGCGGCAAGUACCGGCUGCCGCUCAUGCACUACCUGUGCUCGCCCGAGUGCACGGCCUCGCCCUGCAGCUCCAACCCGCAGAGUGACGCAGAGUCGGACGAUGACAGCAGCGUACCCGCUGACCGCCUCCAGAGGGUGCUGCUGGGCUAG